AUGUUCGCGCAAGCCUUUGGGCUGCUAUGGCUCGCGGUCACCUGUGUCUCGGCGGCGUACGUGCAACAUCACGACUGCGGCGGCCCGGCACUUAAGAACGACAUGUUCGGUUCCCAGAGUCUAGACGCCACUCUGGUGGCAUCGGAUGACGGCCGCGAGAACCAUUUAAGUCUGCGGCUUGGCCGAUGGGUGGAAGAAGCGGAGUGCCAGGACCUUUCGCGGAUGAUAUCCGCCGCCGUCAUACAAAUCGACAUGCUCGGGCGGUCGUUCGUAUAUCGCAUUGCGACGAAUACGACGUGCAAGCGGCUCAACUAUUCUACGAAAUGGACCGCGCCGCUGGUGAGCCCGUUCAGCCUCUACAUCUCCGCUACGGAUGAUAUCGGUCAUCUCCCCCCGUUAUCGACCUUUCACGUCACUUUCCACCUCGAAGGAAACGACGCAAAAGAGGUUAGCUGCCGAGAAGCAAACAUCACCCCGGCUCUCGGCCCGACCAUCUCCUCCGCCAUCACUUACUCGACCUGGAUCCUUUUCAUUUUCGUGCUACUAGUCGGAGUUGUACGCUCCGUCUACAGCUCCCCAAUCACUCUGGAUGGCGAAGAAACGCACUCUGCUCGGGCCAUACUUCCCAAUGUCGGGGACUGCCUCCAGUACAUGCAGUUCAUCUUCCUGACGGGCGGACUCAGUCUGCGGUACCCGGGUUUCUACCAGCCCGUUGUCAGCCAUCUUAAUUGGUGGUCUCUUUUCGUCAACGGGCCAAUCACCCAUGGCCGGGUGUAUGGGAGAGUGGAAGAUGGGAUCUACGUCCUGAACGGCACCUACGGCGGCACUUACGGCAUGGAGUUGAUGACCCAGAUUGCCGGCGCGCCCAUGACGAUGGAUACGUGGCUCAAUAUGGUCGUCCUCAUGCUUGUCAUAGCAGCGAGCACCGCCUUGGUCUUCGAGGUCUUCUGCUUCGUCAACAGGAACCACAACUCGGACAGUGAGUCGUCGCGACCCGUCCGCGGCAUACGCCAGACCUGUAGCCGCGUCGUGCGUGUCAUCCUGUCGUAUUUCAUGUUCCCCUUGACGGCCCUGUCCUUCUACCAGCUCGAUCACGCCGCAUGGCUACCCGUCUACCACACAACGCUAGCUGUCGCGCUCAUUGUGGUCAUGAUGGCCGCUUUCGUUUGGCUUAUCCGACAGAUUCCAACCCGCAGCCUCGGUGUUCUCGUCUUCGACAGCACCAAGCGAUACCGACAGAUGUCCCCUUCCGAAGACUUUCAGCGGCAAGACGAGAGGUUCAUUUUUAUUCUCUUCGCCCUAACCUUCGUCCGAGGUGCGGCCAUUGGCGGUUUACAAAUUUCCGGUCCAGCGCAGCUGGCUGUCCUCGGGGCCUGUGAACUGGUUCUGCUCGCCAGUAUUGCCGGGUUCCAGGCGUACUCGACAUUCUCUGUGGGAAGCAUCGCGGCCACCAUGAGACUCUGCAGCUUGGUCUUUUUGGUUGCGUUUCUUCCCGGUCUUGCCGCCAACGGAGUCAAAAGCGCCAUCGGAUACCUUCUUCUGGCUGUCCACGGAGGCAUGCUUCUCUUUGGCUUCUUCGUUCCCGCCGUUUGUGAUCUAAAAACUAUCGUCAAGAACUGGUGGGCAGCACCAAAACCCGAUGUCUAUGGGCUUCGCCAGCUCCGUCGACGUGAGGUGUCGCGAACAAACCUGUCCUCCAUGUACACCACUGAAGGGCCUGAUACGUCGUACCCAGAGCCAGAUGAUGUUGAAGAGCCCAACACACGCUACUUGCGGCCGACGUAUCGGUCAGACACUCCCAGCACCUUGCGUCUGAACCCAUCAAACGCUUCCAGUCGGUACUUCCGACCACCGCGGUCGAGCGCGUCCCUCUCAUCGGCAGAUCAUCCCCGCAGCAUCGGCUCCUCUCUUUACACCCCUUCGAGAACUGUCUCGACAUCGACCACUUCCAACAUAGACAAGCGUUCUCUCCAGCGCUCCACGUCAACCAUGUCUCCGAGCCGGCUAUCCGAGUCCACCGAAGAAGAGGGGUCAAGCUCGCCGUCGCAAGGCUCGCACACCAGCAUCAACAGCGGCCCGCUCGGCCCACGAUGGAACGACUACUCUUUUCGGGAGUCGGAUCUUUACUACGCAGUACCCCGCCCGCCGCCCGUGGAGAGGGCUUCGGAAGAGCUGCCCCGACCGGCCGCUCCGCGCCCGUCCGUCCGUUCGUCUUCCGGGUUCUGGGCAAAGGUCACCGGUCAAGCGGGCGCCUCCGAGCAAGGGUUUCAGGUCAUUCGGCCACAGCGGGCCCCGGAACCAGGCUUUGUGGUCGUCAGGCCUAAUAGACCGAGCAGUCCCGGAAGUGGCGCCGGGGAUGGCCCCACGCGGAAACCUGUGCAAGAUGCUUAG